AUUAAGCUUGAUUCUUUUUUGAUAUUCUAGCACUACGUCCCUCACUUGUCAAUAGGACGUCGCCAAAAGAAAAUACCGCCAACUUCCCUCCUCAACGUUGCCCAAGAUGUCGCGCAAUCCGAUGGAUGACUAUAUCGAGAGAAUGCGAACAAUGGUUCGCCAAAACCGAGGUGGAUUCGGAGGUGGUGGAGGUCCCAUUCGUCCCCCGGCAGGAAGUGGCAUGAUCAUAGCGGCCGCGGGUCUACUUGGUGGUGGAUUGUUCCUUUUGCAAAACUCUCUAUUCAACGUCGACGGUGGUCACAGGGCUAUUAAGUACCGAAGAUUAAGUGGUGUUAGCAAGGAGAUCUAUGCCGAAGGAACUCAUAUCAUGAUCCCCUGGUUCGAAACACCAAUUACCUAUGAUGUUCGCGCGAAGCCGAGAAACGUCUCUUCCCUGACAGGCACCAAGGAUUUACAGAUGGUUAAUAUUACAUGUCGUGUGCUCUCUCGGCCUAACAUUCCUGCUCUUCCACAAAUCUACAGAACUCUAGGACAGGACUAUGAUGAGCGAGUUUUACCUUCUAUCGUCAACGAAGUCCUCAAGAGUGUGGUUGCGCAGUUCAACGCCAGUCAGUUGAUCACUCAACGAGAGAACGUUGCUAGGCUAGUUCGAGACAACCUAUCGAGACGAGCUGAGAGAUUCAACAUCUUGUUAGAUGACGUUUCUCUUACGCAUCUCGCUUUCUCGCCAGAAUUUACAGCUGCUGUUGAAGCCAAGCAAGUGGCGCAGCAGGAAGCACAGAGAGCUGCCUUUGUAGUUGACAAGGCAAGACAAGAGAAGCAGGCCAUGGUUGUCAAGGCACAGGGUGAGGCCCGAUCAGCUGAGCUCAUCGGAGAUGCGAUCAAGAAGAAUAAGGCAUAUGUGGAGUUGAAGAAGAUCGAGAACGCCAGGGCGAUUGCGACUCAAAUGCAAGAAUCUGGUGGCAGAAACAGACUGCUACUUGAUGCUGAGGGGUUAGGAUUGAAUGUGUUUAGCGACGAUUCCAAAAAGCAAUGAGGAUGAGGCGUUAGGAAAUACAAAAUCUCCGCUGUACCUAUGUAAAGGACUAAUCAUUGUAAAAUACGAAACUUUAUGACUAC